ACGUGUUUUUCUAUUACUCAUCAUCAUGUUUGUUUCGGGAUCUUUUAUCUUUAAGCUGAAUCUUUUGGUUCGUUAAUCAAUAUCUACAGCGAAUCAGUUUAAAUGGAGUAUUAUUUUGUAUUUCCGAUAGAACCGUAUAUAUAAACUUGCCCUGCCGCCAGCCCUAGGUCACAUACUCAAGCCGGCGUGCGUUACGUCAACGGCAGAAGCGGCGGCGGCGUCAUGGACCGUCCCGAUCCUGCGGAAGAAGCGAGUCACCGGGAGUUGAUGGCCGGCCUGGGCCUGUACGAUGCCGACUGGGCGCUUGCCAAGUCGGUGGAGCUGUCCGACGUCCAGGCCGGGCAGAACCGGCUGCUGCUGCUCAGGCAGCCGGUGCGUGCAGGCUCCAUCCCCAGGCUCUUCCCGGAGGUGGAGCAGCUCGACGACACCGGGAAGAAGAACGCCCAGAACACGGUGAGAGUCACGCUCCUCUACGCGGGUGGCGUCGAGAAGGAGGGCGGCCUCGUCUUCCUCAACUCCAACCAGGCGUACCGGAUCAACGGGCCCGGGUGGAGGCAGUUUGUGGCCGAGAGCGGGAUCUCGAGAAGGGAUCGCCUCGAUCUCUACACGUGCCGGCGUGGCGACGACGGCCAACGCUGCAUCUUCGUCUUCAAGAGCUAGCGAGGGCACGAGACGGUUGCGGAUUGUUAGCAAUAGGUAGCUGUAGCCUUGGUUAGUUUCAUAUUUCUUCCGUCUCAUAUUAAGUGACUUUUUAUUACAUGUAUCUAAACAUUUUUUUAACAUAGAUACAUCCAUGUUUAGGCAAACUUGAGUCAACAUGAUAUGGGAGGAGUAGCUGUUUUAAUUGA